ACCCAAAAAACUUCCGGCAACGUUUUUUUAAAUGCGAACUUGACGCAUCUGAGGGUCAACAGCGAGCGAAGCUACUGUCAACCGCGGUGUAAAGUACUACAAAAUGAAAGCCGAAGAUUGAAUAGAUUGUUUACUUUUGUGCCCCUCGGACUCGGAUAAACAGCUCCAGACAAACAUUUAUCUGGACAUUUUUCCUAUUGGAAGGACUCAGUGGGCUAAACCGACAACCAUCGGGCCUCGUCGUCGUGGCCCAGCAGGACUCGAGUGAAGUUGGGAGCUGACGUCCAAACUUCUGCUUCCUCCAGCGGCUCUCUGCGGGGCCCGGGGCUCCUAUCUCCGGCCCUGUGGAUGAGGAAGUGAAUACAGAUCUAAAUAACCCACAGGAGGAAGGGACCUCUUUGAUGGGGGAGUCCUCUUUCCUGGCCUCCUGGGUCAAUCACCGUGCCAUGAUGAUGGAUGAGCAGGAGGCCCUGAACUCGAUCAUGCAGGACUUGGCCGAACUGCACCGCUCCAGCCGUCCUGCCUCCUUCCUGUCAGACCUGGUAAAACCCAAAGCCUCCUCACCCAAGAACCAGAAUGAUGUGAGAGUGAAGUUCGAGUUCAGAGGGGAGAAGAGGAUCUUACAGUUCCCUCGACCCGUCAAGCUGGAAGACUUGAGAGACAAAGCUAAAGUGGCUUUUGGUCAGACGAUGGACCUUCACUACACAAACAAUGAGUUGGUGAUUCCACUGACCACCCAGGAUGACCUGGACAAGGCUGUAGAGCUGCUGGAUCGUAGUGUUCACAUGAAGAGCCUGAAGAUCCUCCUGGUGCUUCAGGUCUCCUCUCAGAACUCGUCCUCUAAUAUGGAUCUCUUACCAUCCCAAGAGGAGCUGGACAACACAGGAUUCAGGGUCACAGACAAGAAGAGCAUGCUGGCUUUAAUCGGAUCCCAUUCGACCGACCGCAGCUCUCCGCCUCCAGGAUACAUUCCCGAUGCUCUCCAGCAGGUGGCGAGGAACGGCUCCUUCACCAGCAUUAACAGUGAGGGGGAGUUCAUUCCCGAGAGCAUGGACCAGAUGCUGGACCCGCUGUCUAUGAGCAGUCCGGAGAACUCGGCGUCUGGAAGCUGUCCCUCGUUGGACAGUCCUCUGGACAGUGACUACCCGAAGUCCAGGAUGCCCCGAGCACAAAGUUACCCCGACAACCACCAGGACUUUCCAGAGUACGACAUCCCAGUGUUCGAGAAGUCGGGAAAAGGAGGAACGUAUCCUCGCAGAUACGGCGUUCCCUUUGGUCUUCAGGAUUAUACCGACGGAAGGAAGACCUUCCCCCGUGCUCGACGGACGCAGGUUCACGGCUUCCGCUCGCCGGUCAGCUUCAGCCCCACGGAGCAGUCGCCCAGCACCAGCAGUGGCAGCAGCAUCUUCACCCCCGACUUGGAGGAGGCUCCCGGGCCCACCAGGAGGCGGAGGGGCAGCGACAUUGAGCCCAGCUCCAACCCUGCCACCGCUCCAACUCUCUCCGUCAUGGACAUCAGUCCACCCAGCCGCUCUCCUCGAGCUCCAACCAACUGGAGGCUGGGCAAGCUUCUGGGUCAGGGAGCCUUCGGUCGGGUUUUCCUGUGUUACGACGCUGAUACCGGACGGGAACUGGCCGUCAAGCAGGUCCAGUUUGAUCCAGAGAGUCCAGAGACCAGUAAGGAGGUGAGUGCAUUAGAGUGUGAAAUCCAGCUCCUGAAGAACUUGUGUCACGAGCGAAUCGUCCAAUACUAUGGCUGCCUGCGGGACACCAUGGAGCGAACUCUGUCCAUCUUCAUGGAGUACAUGCCUGGAGGCUCCAUUAAGGACCAACUUAAGUCGUACGGAGCGCUGACGGAAAACGUGACACGCCGCUACACCCGGCAGAUCCUGGAGGGGGUCUCCUACCUGCACAGCAACAUGAUCGUCCACAGGGACAUCAAAGGAGCCAACAUCCUACGGGACUCGGUUGGAAACGUGAAGCUGGGAGACUUUGGGGCCAGCAGGCGGCUGCAGACCAUCUGUUUGUCAGGGACGGGCAUCAAGUCGGUCACGGGAACCCCCUAUUGGAUGAGUCCGGAGGUGAUCAGCGGAGAGGGGUACGGAAGGAAGGCUGACAUCUGGAGUGUCGGCUGCACCGUGGUGGAGAUGCUGACACAACGGCCCCCCUGGGCGGAGUUUGAGGCCAUGGCGGCCAUUUUUAAAAUUGCCACCCAGCCCACAAACCCUGUUCUCCCCGCCCACGUGUCGGACCACUGCCGAGAGUUCCUCAAGAGGAUUUUUGUGGAGACCAGGCAGCGUCCAUCUGCAGAUGAGCUCCUGAGACACAUCUUCGUCCAUUAACCUGAAAACUGCCAGAUAUGGCCUUACCUGGAAGGGUGCCCCGCCCCCCUUUACCACAUUUGACCAGAACAGACUGAGUGAAGGUUUUCAGGGGGGACAUACUUGCUCUCCUGUCUCUGUUUAUCUGAGACGUCCAUAGAUGACAUGACUUUUAUUUUCCUCCGCUACGUGCACCUUAAUUUGUGACAGUGGAGGAGUGGAGCUCUUCCUCCUGAAGACUCGCUGGAAAAAUGUCUCCUGUUUUACGUCUGUCCUCAGACCUUCCAGAGCAUCUCAAUGUCCCCAUCUUGCUAUCCCUGUUCCACUUUCCCAAUACCUCUUACUCUACCCCCCAUUCCCCACCCCCGCCAACCAACUGAUCCGACCCUAGAAUGUAACCUGCCAAAACCCAGAGCAGCAGCGACAACCUGGACCCGCUGCUAUAGAUGAACCUGCAGACCCCCUCCCACCAGGAAGUUUAACUCCCCUGCUUCAUCUUCGUCUCACCUUCCCUCCUCUUCUGUCUCGGACUAAGCCGUGUGCCUUUUCUGUUUAUAAACACACUAUAGAAACUGGUCUGGAGCCGGUCUGGAACCAAUCUGGAACCGGUCUGGAGCCAGUCUUGGUAUCAGUCUGGAACUCGUUUGGAACCAGUCUGGAACCAGUCUAGAGCCAACUUGGUAUCAGUCUGGAACUCAUCUGGAACCAGUCUAGAACCAAUUUAGAGCCAGACUUGGUAUCAGUCUGGAACAAGUCUGGAGCCAAACUUGGUAUCAGUCUAGAACCAAUCUGGAGCCGGACUUGGUAUCAGUCUCAAAACCGUCUGGAGCCAGACAUGGUAUCAGUCUUGAACCAAUCUGGAGCUGGACUUGGUAUCAGUCUGGAACUCAUCUGGAGCCAGUCUGGAGCCGGACUUGGUAUCAGUCUAGAACCAGUCUGGAGCCGGACUUGGUAUCAGUCUGGAACUCGUCUGGAACUGGUCUGGAGCCAGACUUGGUAUCAGUCUGGAGCCGGUCUGGAACCAGUCUGGAGCCAGACUUGGUAUCAGUCUGGAACUCGUCUGGAACCGGUCUGGAGCCAGACUUGGUAUCAGUCUGGAACCGGUCUGGAGCCGGACUUGGUAUCAGUCUGGAACCGGUCUGGAGCCAGGCCUGUUAUUAGUCUGGAGCCGGACUUGGUAUCAGUCUGGAACCGGUCUGGACUUGUGGUUGCUUUCACGCUUACUCUGCCUUCUCACCGUUAGCCCCGACCAGCUGAUCUCAGCUCAGCGGUUGUUUAUGCCUUUUCUCUACCAGAACUCUGAUCUUACAGGAUCCUGGGAUCUCUGGAUCAGAAGGAUCCUUCUGAUUCCGGCUCAGUUCAGUCAGCUUGUUCUCCGGCUGCUCCUGCUGGGGACCAAAUAUUUGCAUCUGUCUAAAUGAAGAAGAGUUGGUGGAACUGCUGCAGCUCAUCACAUGUUCUUCUGCUCCUUCUUCUCGGUGACGGUCAGAUCGUCCUCUCACGUCUGUGAGUCGGUUUGUCCUCCAGCAGUCAAACACGUUUCCAGGCUUAAACCUGGGUCCUGUCGUCCUUUCUGGUCUUCAGAUGAACAUCUGGAGCUUGUAGAUGUUGAGCCUGCUCAGAAAGCUGCAGACGUUCAGAGGAAGAUGGACUCUGGCUCUGGAUCUUCUCCUUCCCUUCUUCUCCUGGAGAGAAACGUGAUGAGCUGCUGCAUCCAACCUUCUCCUGCCUUGGCUUCAUUUUCUGGCCUUGCGCAGUCCCACAGGUUCGAUUCCCACUUAGGGUUACAGGACCCAUUAACGUCAGUGUUGCAGUCAUUUUCCAGCCAAAGGAAACUUCCAGAUAAACUUGUCACUUUAGCCAAACAUCUCCACAACUUUCCCUCUCAGAAGACGGCACCUUCACCCUCUGCAAGCAGAUAUUUCUGGAUGUUUCCCAUCAGCUCUGCGUGUUUGGACCCUCGUACCAUGCGGCCUGUACUAUGAAGCAGGACCUGCAGCCAGAACCUUGGGGAAAAUCCUCCAAGUCUGAGUAGAUGUGACAUAUCCAGCUUGUUGAACGUGUGCUUUCUGGAGGUUUUAGAGAUGCUUACGAGAUGCAACAAAUGAAAUGAAACUUUAUUUGUAAAGCCUUUCAUGCCAAAGGCAACAAAGUGCUUUACAAGAUAAAACUAACAUAAAACCUUACAUCCAAAAUACACAACAUAGCAAUUAAAAAAGACUUAUUAUAGUCUCCUCACACACACACAUACACACACACACACAAAGCAGUCCACCCAUAUCCACAGAGGCCAUCGCCAUAGCAACCACCCAGAUCAGGGCAGGUUGGGGUGCCUUUAAAUUCCCUCUGAUUCAAGUCCACAUAUUUAAGUUGAAGGUGACGUUAACAGCUGAAGGAAGAUGAUUGUGCAGGAGGCCCUCAGUAGAAAAACCCUCCCAACGGCGGGUCGGCAGGUCCUCUCUGGCUCGGAAAUAAAGAAACAUAAAAAAGACGUUAAAAAUAAGCCGAUGUUGAGACAAUGUUGAGGUUUUAGCCGUCUGGUCUGAAUUCAGCCUCAGCCUGCUACACGUUAGCCUUCCAGCAUCUGUUGCCAUGGUAACGAGUCUGCAUCACACACCUGGAUCCGUGUGUAAUCCUGCUUCAUAGUCCAGGCCGGUCGCGACGUCAUGCUGUUGUUCUCAGCUGAAGUUUUCCAGAAACAUCUUCCCUUCACCUGCAGGUGGGGGAGGAGUUCUGCUUCUCAAGGUACAAUCAGCAGAUGUUAUUGGCUCUUUGUAGGAGGUAGAAGAUCUGUAGCGGUACAAACUAUUUUAGCCUUUUUAUUAUUUUAUUCGGGCCUAAAUGAGGAAAUUUCUGCGCGAUGCUUCGUUGAAAACUGGUUUAGGUACGAGGACGCUUCCUUGCUGCUGAUUGGCCGCUCGGCAUCACAAGGCGUCCCUGGUUGCACCUUUGAAGACGACAGGAAGUGAAGGCACUUAAAGGACAGCUUCGUUGCUCUGUGGUAAAGCCGUCGGCGGAUCCACGCUGGUUGUGGAAACGCCACCGUGUGUCUGAACCAAGCUACGAGGAGGAGAUGGCGGCUCGCGGUGGACUGUCUGGUACAGCUGGAAACCACGACCAGGAUGCACUAUCCACCACUCCCACGGUUCUCCGCCGCCUCGCCGGCCGUCGCAGCUCCCUCACGUUUUCUUUGCACAUUUUAAGGACUUUUUCUGUUGGCCUGUAUGUGUGUGUGCAUGUGUGUGUGUGGUGCAGGUAGUUAACUGAAUGUAACGUGUUCUUUUACCUGUCAGCUGGACGAACCUUCGCUCCGGUACGGAUCACCUGUAGGUGUGUUCGGCUGCAGCUGCCACGUCCGUGUGUGUGUGUGUGUGUGUGUGUGAGAGAGAGAGUGCGGUUGUAAACGUGCAUUGUGACUGUAGGAGGCGAGAACUUUAACGAUGAAAAAUGUGUAGAAAUAUGUAAAAUAAAAAUUCUCCUUUUUUAAUUUAAUUCCUCUUCUAUCCGACAUGUCUUCAGUCUGUGAUGUAAAAGAAGCCAUGUUUAUAAUUCAGAUUGGUUUGUGACCAAUAUGUCUGUUUAUAUCAGAUCUGUAUAUCAGUGGUACGCAUAAUUUUUUUAAUAUAUUUUUUAUUUUCUUUUUUUUAUGGGAGAUUUUAUGCAUGGUUGGGUCCUGAGAGACGCAGCGGUGCCAAUGAAUGGGGCUGUUUUUGGCAAAAUUCUGGAGUAUUGCAACAGCUGUGUUCAUAAUUACAACAAUUAUGACUGAUGGAAAUAAUAAAAGAUAUUUAUUUCA